AUGGCGCGCGGCGCGGCGCGAGGGACGAACGAAAAGGGUCGCGCGCGCGCGCCGACGACGCCGCGCGCGCGCGACGGCGACGGCGCGCGCGACGCCGCGCGAACUGACGCCGGAGACCGACCGGAUGCCGAACGUCGCGACGACGACGACGACGACGACGUCGAGCGCGCGCGGAAGCGACGGGCGACGGCGCGAGCGGCGCGAUUGGGAUUUUUCGGCGCGCUCCGUAAGGCGGUCGAGCGAAACGCGCUGAUGAUGGAGAGCGACUCGAGCGAUGAUUACGAUUCGGACGAGGACGCCGCGCCGGAGCGCGCGCGCGCGGAGCGACGGCAGAGCGCGUGGGCGCGCGCGGUGGGAGAAUCGGACGCGGAUGAGCUGGAGAAGAUGAUGUCCGACCUGUCGGGGGCGAGGGAGAUGGCGAUGCGGAUGCGGUCGGACGUCGGGGGCGGCGGCGACGCGGAGGAGGACGCGACGACGGCGGAGCGCGAACGCGGGGCGAAGCGCGAGGUCGAGGCGACGCCGGCGACGUCGGAGACGAAGCGAGGCGACGAGGACGACGGUUCGGGGGGGAUGGCGAUCGCCAAGAGAGUCGCGUACGAGGUCGGCGCGACGGGGGCGGCGAUGUUUUCGUCGGCGGGCGAGGCGACGAACGAGGACGAGGACGGUUCCGCGGGUUCUAUUUUCGUCGACGUUCGCAUGAUCCAGUGCUUGAGCGGCUUAUUCAUACGAGUGAACGUCGAAUCCGGGAGCGGUUUGCUCGCCAUGGACGCGGGCGAGACGUCGGACCCGUACGUGAAGGUGUCUAUCGUCAACAGCGCCGGGCUCGCCGUCGACGGUCAAGUACACCGAACGGGGUACCGCCCGAAAACUACGAAUCCGGUGUGGAACGAGUCGUUUUACAUGGGUAGCGAAAAACUGAGAUAUAAGGACUGCUCGUUGAAGUUUGAAGUGUACGACUUCGAUCUCAUGUCAGCCGACGACGCCAUGGGCUCGGCGACGUUGCCUCUGACGCAUUUCGCGAAAAUGAAAGCCAACUUUAAAGACGUAAAGUCAGUGAAGGACACCGACGCAAAGGUGAUCGAUCCAUCGCCUUCACUCGCCGACGCGCUUUCAAAGUCACCAUCGCAAGUGCCCGCGGCGGCGUUACAUUUGCACAAAGUAAAGAACACGCCUGAAAACCGGGCACCGACGCACUUUGACGACGGAUACUUCGUCGAACGCAACUCAAACGAGCUGGUCGUGCACUUUAAGCUGCGACCUCCGCGGACGUCGUCGUUCAUAUUCGAAGAAGCCAAAGCGAUGUUGUCCUUCGCGAAGCAGCUGGUCGACCCACGAAACUUUGGAAAGAGCUUCAACCAAACUGGAGUCGGUCUUUGGCUAAAUAGCAAAGUCGAACAAGCCGUCGACGUUGGAAAGCGCCGUGCUUUGAAAGUCAUCGAUGCGACGAUUGAGGAAAAGAAGAAUAAGGUUUGUGAACUCGCCGUGGCGGAUCGCGAUAUGCCGUCGGUGAUCCGAAACUAUCUCGCAGGCGUUGUGAACAUGUACAUCUCGGAUAUUCAGCAGGGGCUGAUGAGCGACUUGGGGAUUCGUUUGAAAAUUCUAGACAGCGCUAAAUCGCAAGGAUCCGCUCAAGCAGAUCAAAAUGACGCAGAGCAGGUUAAACGCAGGAGCGUUCCACAGAGCUUCAGCAUGAAGCGUUCGGUGUUUGGAUUAUUUGAAUCUAUUCGGUGCUGGUACCUUUACAACGAAGUUCCGGGUGAUCUCUCCAUCUUCGGUAAGGUGCGAAAUCCUUAUUGGUGGUUGUUCCUCGUUUCAAAGCUCUACUUUGGUCUCGGUCUCCAAGCGUUUGUGUUCUUCAUUCGUCUGGCUCUCGUGGAUAGGCGAGACGAGUGGCAGAUGUUCGAGUACAUCAUGGUUUUCAAGGGAAUUCAGUUCAUUUCGGGAACGAUUUCCGUCUUCGCCGGCGUGUUCGCGUUCAUCCAGUGUGCCGGCGUACGUGACGCUGGCACCACGCACACGUGUGACACCACAGGACCAUGGGUAACAGAGAUGCAGUCGUGUGCGAUUGAUUCGAGCACUUGUGUCGCGCUCAAUGUCGGCGCGUACCUCGUACGUAUCAUGAUGUGCUGGUACGCGUUUCACAAGCUCCGUCGUUCGUUCGCGUUUGGGCGCGCGAUCGCGAGCGAUCACAGAUUGGUUGGUGCUAGAAUUCGAAUCACAACCGUUGGAAUCGGUUCACGGUAUAAGACCUACGGCGCGUUGAAGAAGGCUUUGAAGUAUAUUUUCGUUAAGCGCAAAGAAACGCCGCUCGAACGGUUCCGUCGAAUCGUGAAUUUGCAGCUUGAACGUCUGGCGGCGGCCAAAGGUAUUCGUGGUGGUACGGCACGCGCGCGAAAUGCGUUCAAAUCAUUUCAUUACGUUCACCGCAUCGCCAAAGUCAAGGACUACGAUGUUGCGAGCGGAAUGCACACGUUGUACUACAAGGAUGACCUUACGCACCAGCGACAUCAAAUCGAUCUCGGCACGGUGACGUAUACGGUUAUGAAGCUCAAGCACAUCCAACCGCGCCGCGUACAGCGCAUUCUGUGGAUCUACGAACUUGUCACCUUUGCGGUCACCGUUGGUUGCUCCAUCCGAUUUCUGGCGUGGGUCGACUGGGGUCGCGGCGAAACCUGGCAACUUUACGGCGUCGCGUUUUGGGGGCAGACUUUGUACAACCUUCUCGCGUUUCCAUUCAUUUUGAUGGUCAUCCCGGGCGUGAACAAGCUCAUCUGUCACGCCCCGAAGACUGGAUACGACAGAAAUGGCAACUUGAAACGCUUCAGAAAGCGUGCGACGUUCGAAGAAGACAUCGAAGACGAGCCCAACCCGCGUUCGCGGUGCGCGCCGGCGUGUUACCCAUUCGUCAAGCCCUGGCGCGUAUGACGCGCGCGACAUCGUCGACCCAUAUUUAUCUCUCAUCAAUAACCAACAUCAUCGAUAACAAUAACCAACAUCAUCGGUACUGUAUCGCGUACUGUAAUAAUCAUA